AUGGAAGGUCUUAAAGAUUUGCUUGCUCCUAAAACACUCCACUGGUUCAGUUAUGUGGCAAAUGUAUGUUGGAUUUUGCUCGGAAUUAUCCUAUCAGCAAUCUUUCUAGACACUGAAAACAGCGAACCGAGAUUUGAUUUUCGCUGUGGCUCAACUGGCGACAAGGAACUCAUUCGUGGAAAGUGUUACGAACAGUACGAAGAACAAUACAACAAAUUCCCUGUUUAUGGAUUCGUGAUUAUUAACUUUCUUGUUACUGCAAGUGUUUGUGGAAUAUAAUCACAAGCGGUGAAGUCGAAAGUUGAGGAACUUGAAAACAACGCUAGAAACGCCGAUGAUGAUGUAGAAGGGCAACCGACUCCCCGGAAAAAGCUAUUCAAAGCGUACUGUUUGCAACUUCUUGCCAGAUUUGCUCUCGGGAUUUCUUUUGUCCUCCUGCAGACCAAAUUACUUUAUCCUCUCAGUUUUCCCUCGAACUUCAAUUGUAACUUAACGAGAGACGGGAAGUUUUCAGACAUCACGGCUAGUGGAUCUCGCAACGGAACACAAACGCAAACGUCAUACGAAUGUCAUAAUCAACGAGCAGCUAAGAAGACCUUCUGGUCUGAUGCCGUGAUCGUUGUAACCGGAACUUUUGCGUUUUUUGUGUUUAUCGAGUCUCUCUUCAUGUUAUUACGUGCAAGAAAUGUAACGGACUUUAUGGAAGACCCGAACUUUCAUAAAUAUUAUCUGAGUUCGAAUCAGCAGUUAAAUGCCCCUACGGCAGAAUCCGAAGAGCUAAACGCCUUCAACAAUUAUGACAGUCACACCAAUCCACCAUCUACCGCUCCAACUGACAACGAAUCCCUGUCAGAACAGCAGCAACAAGAGUUUAACAGUCCAUCAGUAGCCACUUUCAUCGAACGUAUGAAGGAACAUGUCCGUAGUGUCACCGGAAAAGCCUACGCAGAUCCAGCUGCACCUUUCCAUUACAAUCCGGGUGAAGGCUCAAAAAGAGAUCUAAAGCUUGACCACAUCUACACCGACUUGAUUAUUCAUGAAAACAGAGCUUUGUAUGAAUUUAGUGCAGAUAGAGAGGAACAACUGAAAGAAUACCACAGACCCAGAGAAGAAUCACGAUCAACACUGCCUGGAGAUAUUUUUGAUGCUGACAAACGGAAUAUUCUUGUUGUCGGUCGUCCUGGAAUUGGAAAAACUAUGUUUUGCAAAAAGAUUCUGCGCAAUUGGGCAUCCGAUAACUUGUUCAGUGAUGCACAGAAAUCUGAAAUGGAUUUGAAACUCGCUUUCCUCAUUAAGUUUAGGAAGUUUAACCACACAAACGAAGAACUCAGUCUUCGCAGACUUCUGGACGCAUCGGAGUAUUCUAAACUACCUCUAUCCGAUGAAGUUUGGCACUACAUUAUUCACAACCCAGACAAAGUACUCGUUAUAUUUGAUGGAUUUGACGAAUACUCUGGAAAGGCUAAAAUCAAUGUCGAUGACAUUUCGAUCAAUAACAAUGUAGAAGACUCGAUGCCUCUUCAUUCCCUGUACAAAAAGAUAUUAUCAGGAAAAAUCCUUCCCUGUGCUACAGUCUUAACGACCACAAGACCAACCGCCGUGUCAUGUUUUGAAGCACCUAUUGCCUUUGAAAGAGUAGUUGAAAUUCUGGGAUUCAACUCUGAUAAAGUGGAAGAGUAUGUGGACAAAUUCACAAAAGAGAAAGGCGAUGAUGGCAAAGGAGAAACCAUAAAGCGACACAUCAGAAGUAACCUUAACCUCCAAUCCUUCUGCUACAUUCCUGUGAACUGUCUCAUAAUUUGUUCGUGCUUGUUACACUUGCUGAACUCACCCGUCUCCGACUGCGUCCUUCCUACAAGACUAACCGAACUAUACUCCAUAGCCAUCAAGAUUUUUUACUUUUGUCACGGUGAUAUCCAAAGCCGUUAUCCAUCACACGAAGCUCAAGAGUUUUAUCUACAGCCAUUUAAUGCGUUACCUAAACAUGUGCAAAAAUUGUUUAAGAGACUGGGAAAAAUUGCUUUUCAAGGAAUCAAAGAAGGAAGACUCGUUUUCGAAUCAGGCGAAGUCCAUGGCCAGGAAAACAAUGGUUUGUUCCACCGUUUACCUGAUGAUUGCAGCAGUUUAACUCAGGGAAAACCACAAUAUUGCUUUUUACACCUUACCGUGCAGGAGUUUUUGGCAGCGAAGUAUUUGGUGGACACGUUGAGUCGUAGAAAACUGAGAAAAUUCGUUUCCGAUCACAUCCAGGAUGGCGCGUGGAAGGUUGUGAUGCAGUUUGUGGCUGGACUGCUGGCUCAAAAAGGAGAACAAUCAACAGAUAUUUUCAGUGACCUUCUUCCCUCAAAAACUUUUACUGAAGAAGUUGAAAUCAAGAUGAAUAAAUAUUCAGAGGAACGAACUGAAACACUGACCUGUUGGCCAGCUUAUGAAGACAGGUUAUUAGUGGUGACGCUAUUCAAUUGCAUGUAUGAGAACAAAGCCUCUAAUCGAAAAGUUCAAAAGAAACUGGCGAAAAUUGGUUGUAAUGCGCUUGAUUUUAAUAGGUGUAACCUGUCACCUCUCGACUGUUUAGCAUUAGUGCAUGCACUUAAAUCUGUUGAAGGAAUUUUGCAUUUUGAUUUAAGCAUCAACAACCUUCAGUCGCUAGGAUGUAAUGAGAUUGCGAAGUUGUUACCUGACAACCAACACAAUCAGGGUUUUUGCGAACUAAAAAGAUUAAACCUCGGGGCUAACAACAUAACUGAUGAAGGAGUUGAACAUUUAGCUACAGCACUCACACACACUAACCGCACACUAAACAGCUUAAACCUCGGGUAUAACAACAUAACUGAUAAAGGUAAAAAUCUCCUAAAAUCAAUGAACAUAUACUGUGAAGUAUCUUUCUCAUUUUGAAUUUUGAUUUAGCCGCCAACAACCUUCAGUCGCUAGGAUGUAUUGAGAUUGCGAAGUUGUUAGCUGGCAACCAACACAAUCAGGGUUUUUGCGAACUGAAAAGAUUAAACCUCGCUAUUAAUCAGAUAACUGAUUAA